UAUCACGAUUUAGCUAUAUGUAUCUAUGUCGUUUUGAAAAUCGCUACGGGCUAGAGUGGUGUACCAGUUUCAGUUAACGUCUUAUUGAAUGUAACGUUAAUUUUCCACACGCAUUACUGUAUGGCGAUAAUUGGUGUUCGUAACUUAAUUAACUAGGAGCUGGUUAGCCUUGGUAGUAUUGAGUUGGCUAGAUUGUAAACAUUCAAACCAAAAUUCAUCGAAAAUAAACCACAAGUCAAAGAGACGCAACACAAGUGACAGACCGGCCGGUUGGAAACGCUGGCGGAAGACGGAAGGAUGACAGAGGGAACGGAAGAAAGGAACCCGAGGCCAUGGAAAGGAGGAGAAAAGAAUGGAAAGGGGCGUGGGAAGGAGGAGAGGGGGAGAGGACACGGAGGUGAAGCGGGAGCGAGGAGCCGACUGGACGCUAUGAGCGUGGGCUACUUCCGCAGGGUGGGCGACCGGCUGAAGGAGGGAUUCGCCGAGGAGGAGGAGAAAGUGCUCUUUGUGGAGAACGUGCUGACCGAGGUCAGAGGGCGGGCUCUCCUGGUUGCCACGGAUAUCACCGGCAGCAUCACCCUGCAGCAGCUGCUCCCAUUGGCCGGUCCCUCCCAGGUGGGCGAGCUGCUGUCGGAGCUGGGCGGAGCCUCGGGGAAGCAGUUCAGAGCCGCGUCGUGUGACCGGUGCGGGGGACACGUGCUGGAGGCUGCCCUGAGACAGGUGCCCCGGUGGGCAGAGCAAACCUCGGAGGAUACCCCAGAGGAGGCAGAGGCAGGGCAUUGUGGGAUACUGGAGGCCCAGGUCCUGGCUCUGUCUCAGGUGGUAACGGAGGAGGUGGAGGAGUUCAUCACACACACACACGGGUCCCACGUGGUGCGCACACUCACACACCUGCUGGGAGGCUGUCUGGAGCCUGAGCGCUCACGCACACAGCCAGGGGGGAAGGCCCAGAAGAUCACUCCUCCGCUGACGGACUUUGAGGCGCCCGCGUCGUUUGGUCCCGCUCUGAGGAGGCUGGCCCUGUGUCUGCUGGAACAUACCCACACGUGUGUGAGGAACGCAGUCUCCAGCGCGGUGCUGCAGGCCCUGCUGACCGUGUGCCACAGGAAACGGCCCAUCCUGUGCAAGAAGCUCACCAAGGGCAUCGUGGGAUACCUGGCGUCCCUCAGCUCCGCUCCUGGCGUCAGCCCCCUGCUGGUGUUUCUGAAGGACCAGGCGUGCAGCCGGCUCAUUGAGAAAAUCAUCCAGGUGUCCCACAAGGGUCUGCUUCGGGACCUCUACAAAAGUCACCUCCGCGGUCAGCUGGUCAACCUGGCCGUCCAUCCAAUCGCAAACUUCCCCGUGCAGAGGCUGACGGCCGCGUGCAGCAGUUAUAAGAUGUUUCUCUUGGUGUUUAAGGAGCUCAUGGAGGGUCUGGAGGCCAUCUUGGCAGCAGGUCACAUGGGUGUGAUAGUGCAGCUGGCGGACAGCUGUGUGCAGUGGGAGGAGAAGCAAGGCCAGCUGCUACAGUGCCUCCUAGAGGCCUUCCACUGUGCCGACCCUCCCUCCCUCCAGACCUCCUGCCUCCCCCUCUUCCUGUCUCUGCUCACUCACGAGGUGUACUACGGCCAGGGGCCAGCAGAGGGAGACACACAGCGCCCCCUGUCUGAUAUCUGCUAUAACGGCUCCCGGCUGGUCCAGUCUCUGGCCAAGUUCAAAGAGCGCUCCGUCCUGCUCAACAGCCUGCGCGCGCUCUCUCCCGCCGACCUCCUGACCCUGGGAACCGACCAAUCAGGGAGCCACGUGCUGCAGGCCCUGGUGCUGUCUGCGAGUGACAAGGGGCGGGGCAAGAUCCUGAGGAGACUGGAGGGGCAGUAUGUUCAGCUGGCCUGUUCCAGGUUUGGCAGUCGAGUUUUAGAGGCAGUUUGGGCCAUCGCUACCGUCAGUCAGAAACAGGGCAUUGCACAGGAGCUAGCUCCCAGCGAGUCUGUGCUCCGCUCUGACCAGUUCGCCCGCCACGUCUGGGGAAAAUUCGGGCUGACCCACUUCGGGAAGAGGCGGGGCCAGUGGCUGGAAUUUCAGACCGGCCAAUCGAAGAAGAGGAAGAUGUUUAGUGACAUUCUGGAGUGAGAGAGCGAGAGAGGAGAGGAGAGGAGAGGAGAGGAGAGGGUGAUGGGGGGCGAUUGUGUUUCA